UAUAAAACUGUGGUUAUUUUUAAAGACUGGUCUCAUUCAUAAUUUGCCUAUUUUGGCAAUUGACUGAAGUUGCAAAGGGAAGACCCAGAGAGAGCAGAGUUGCUUCUUCUUCUCCGGAGAAACAGGUUAGAAUCGCUUCUUCUCUGAAGAAAUGUUCCAUUUUUCCUUUUGUUGAUUACUACUGAAUCUCUCUACGUAAAGAUCGAACCUUUCGUAUAGAUUAUCUUUAGGUUGAUUACUCUUUUGGAGACACUUUGAUAUGUAGAAUUUUCUUUUGGAGACAUCACUGUUUGACCUAGCUCUGCAAAUAUCUAAAGGUUUUGCAGAUUGUGUUCUUAGACGAAAAGGGUUUUGAGGUGUCAUGGAUUCCGGGACGCAGCCAGAAGGGUUGCAGGCAGCACAGCCAGCAGGGUUGCAGGCAGCAGGGUUGCAGGCAGCACAGCCAGCAGGGUUGCAGGCAGCACAGCCAGCAGGGUUGCAGGCAGCAGGGAAGCGGAAGCCGCCUACGACGACCGAGGAUCCAAAUGAUCCACAGCAUAUAAUCCACGAUUUCCUCACAAUAGUGAACAAAUUGGAGAAGGAAGUGGAUCUUCCAGGCGCUAUAACCAGGGCUAGAACCUAUGAUGCUGAGGUUGAUGGACUGAUAACUGCUGACCAACCACAGACGAAUCUGGGAAGAGCAGAAAGUGCCCCUAUUCCUAAUGCUAAGCCAGAAGGCCCAGAUGAUCAUCAUAUUCCUAAGCUGCAACGAAAUCUUCGUUUGCUUAAGGAGGACGUGGCUAAGCUGCAAUAUCUCCGCAGUGAAGUCGCAGAGGAGGUGUGGAAACAUAUUCGUCCACUUGAAUUGCUGCUUGAAAAUGUGGCAAAAGAGCAGAAGAAAAACCCUACGAAACCCCCCUUGACCUUAGGUAUGAAGAAAGACUUGGACGAUAUCAACAAGAAGAUCUUUAACUUGAUGUGUCAAGUCCCCUUGUUGCCCAACAAGCGUAAAAAAGCCAAAGGAUUGGAUGAUGACGAUGGCGACGGGGAUAAUAAUAACGGCAAAGGAAUUGUUUGCCUGCCCGGGAUCCAUGCAAAUAAAGCAGAUCUUAGAAGUCGCGCGGUUUUCAGAUAUGUGCUACGCGAAUUCGAGGAACUUAGUGAUCAACGGAAGAUCUGCCUGCUGACCUUCGCUGUCUUCCCUGAAAAUCAAGAGGUGAAUAGAACGAUGCUGAUGUAUUGGUGGAUGGGGGAGGGCAUUCUGAGUACUAAAGACAUAUCAUCACAAGAGGGCACUGAAGAGGUCAUUCUCAAACCCGAAGAUGUUGUGAAGGUCAUUCUUAAGGAUUUCACGGAUAGAAACUUGAUUGAACCUGUUGAAAUCAAACGCAAAGUCGAGCCAAGUAGCUAUAAGAUGGCCCCCUUUGUGCAUGCUUCAGUGGUUCUUAUCUCCAAGGAGAUAGGGCUUUUUGAUAUGUAUGAUAUAAAGGACAAGCCAGUCAUGAAGAAAUCAGGAAUGCACAAGGUAUGCCUUGUGGAAGGGUCGUCAAGCCAGCAAGAAGCAAAAGCUAAAAAAAUGGAAGAUGUAGAUCAUAUUGAAACUGUGUUCAAUGUUUCGGAGAGGUUUCCGGAUUUCACAUUCAAGUGGUUCUCGGAGGAUAAACCAACGCGAAAUAAGUUGACUCUGUCAAAAGUUACGUAUCAAAAGCUCAAGGUGUUCUAUCUGGGAAGAUGGGAGAGAACUGCCAAGCGCCACAUCGAGGUGGAGAAUCCUGAGCUUAUGAAAAAUUUGAAGCGUAUGAUUAAACUCAAGCUUCUGAGUUUUCAAGGGAUCUCAAGAAUUGAACGACUUGACGAUGCUGUCUGCAAGCUUCGUGACCUGAUCAUCUUGGACCUCAGAGCUUGCUAUAAUCUGGAGAAACUUCCAGACAAGAUAGAUUCACUCAAGGCGCUUAUCUACUUGGACAUUACAGAUUGCUACAUGAUAGAUCGCAUGCCCAAGAGGUUGUCAUGGCUUGAUAACUUAGAGGUUCUCAAGGGCUUUGUUGUCAGUGAUGCUACAGAUGAAGAGACGGUCUGCACACUGGCUGAGUUGGUGCACUUGAAGAAGCUGAGAAAGCUAAGUAUUUCAAUAAACAAAGAAAAUUUCAGCAUAGAUGAUGUGUUCGUGGCUGUAAAGAGUUUCAAAAAACUGGAAAAGUUGAAGGUUGCGUGGGGAGGUAUAAAUACACAUCCUCAGGGCAAAGGCGUAGAUAGCGAAAAGGGGGACGAAAAUGUUAAGCCAAAGGAGAAUAUUGGGAUCUUGGAAAGGGCUGCAACCAUGUUCCGUAAGGAGAAAGAUCCCACAGCGCCAGAGCUUCCAAAGACAUUGAAGAAACUGGACCUGCAAUGUUUUCCUGGUGAACAUCUUCCUGAAUGGCUUGAGCCUGAUAAUCUACUUAAUGUGGAAAAACUCUACAUUAAAGGAGGAAUCAAACUUACUGGAUUUGGAAAGUCACUACCUAGCCAGAAUUCGAAAUGCAAAGUUACCGUUUUACGUCUGAAGUUUCUUCCAAAACUAAAAGUGGAGUGGAGGGAUUUGAGCAAAAGGUACUUUCCGGAACUCAAGUUCUUGGAGAAGUAUCAGUGCCCUCAAGUUAGUCUCUGCCCCUGCGAUGGAAUUGGAAUCUGGCGCAAGCCUGAAGAAGAUGAAGUCUAAAGCAUCUCAGAACUGAGAGUUUCUCGGUUUAUCAAGUUUUCUUCCUCGUUGUCUUUUUCUUUUGUUGUUGUUGUUGUUGUGUGUUUGCUUCCUCAUUUCCCAUUGAUGUCUUUCUGGUUUUGCGUGCAAGUGUUGUUGUUUGUGAACAGUUGAAUAAUGGAAAUUUGCUUUGCUUAUU